AUGGAGUCGACUUUUAUCACUAUCCAUGAUCUUUCUCGCGAUGCACGCAUCCUUUACGCUUCUGACUCGAUCGCGGACAUACUCGGUUACUCGCCUCAGGAGGCGACAGGAAAGUCUUGCUGGGAAUACUUCCACCCUGAGGAGAUACCUUUUGCAAGGGAGGUUCACGGGCGAGGAGUAAAGCUUGACAAGGCCGCUGUCUUGGCCUAUUGCCAGAUCAAGAAUAAAGAUGGACAGUGGGUAGGAUGUGAAUGCUGUUUUACCAUUGCGUAUGAUGUCCUGGUGGCUUGCACAAGCAUAUAUCGCCACGGAGCGAAGAGUGAAAAGCGAGCUGUAGAGGCUCCUAUCAUCAGGCGCAUGUUCUCAUCUUCUCCGAAAGAUCCUCGCUAUCAUAUGCUUACGCAUCUGUCUACCAAAUUCUCAAAGCAAUCAAACACACUGUCUCACGAGCCUCGCGCUACUUUGUUUUUGAACAGAUUCACCCGCACUCUGACUAUAAUGUAUGUCUCUAACGCGGUUGCCAGCGUUUUGGGAAUAUCCGCGGAAGAAAUGCGGGGGAAAAGCUUUUAUUAUUGUAUACAAGAACGCUGCUUGCGCGAGGCAAUUAAAUGCUUGGAAAGUGCCAAAGCAAAUGACUCGAUCGCAUAUCUUCGUUUCUGGUUUAGAGACCCUCGCGAGGAAACACAUGCGGAUGACGACACGAGCAUGGAAGAAACAUCCAGCAAUCAAAGUAGCGAGGACGAAGAAGGUGGUGUCCACCUGGAAGACCAUCUCAAUGGUGGCGAAAGAAGGCGACCACCAUAUCCUGCCACUUUGGGACGACGCGACCUAGGAUCGUCUAGCGACAGCACAGAAGCAGGCAGCCGUAUAAGCAGCACAAGUACCUCGGUGCAGUCCCAUUCCCUGUCAUCGGGAAAUAGCACAGAUCUAGAAGGCGCCUCUGGAGCUACCGUCUUCGAUCAGACAGGAGUUCCACAGUCAUCUACCUCCUCUCUGCCUGCUUCCUCAGGCGAAACCACCGACUCGAGUGGUCGGCGUGCUGGGGACAUCGAACUUGAAGCCGUGGUGUCUUGCACUUCUGAUGGGUUGGUGGUAAUUCUGCGCCGAGCUAGGCCGGCUAUUCCUGACCCCGUACGUCCGUCGGCACCUAACCCCUUCGCCAACGGCCUCUUUGCUUCUCCAUGGACUGCCGAGCCUAUUUUACCGUCGUACGUUCCGCAGCCGCAGCAAGCCGCGCCCAAUAUGUUCGUCCCAGCUUUCGGCCCGAAUGCUGUUGAUUCCCAAGGUGUCACCCAUCAUUACGGAUCCGCGACCGAAGAUCUCAUGAACUCGAUCAGGGAGAUUGCCGUCUUUGCUUGGGCAUUGACUGGUAUUAACGGCUGUUUAACUGAAUACACUCGCGGUAAACCCACGGGUUUCUCCCAACCGCCUGAUGGCUUUCCUGUCUGGGUUCCCGACCAGACUGCAAGUGAACGGAUUCCCGGUUUCUAUCCACAAUAUGCAGACAAUACCGCAGGAGGUUACCCACCUACGGCUCCUUACGGAAACAAUGCAGUAAACAGAUGGGCGCAUGGUAAUCAAGGCAACGUGCAAUCAACCUAUCCUUUUGGGGUAACAGACCAAUCCCAAUCCUUCAACCCCACCGGUUCUGGCUAUAGCUAUGAUUCCGCCAAUCAAAGACGGGGUCAUCAUCCACCCUGA